UCAGUUUUGAAACACAUCCCAACAAUCAGCAAUCAUGAAGUGCAUCGCAGCUGUAGUCAUGAUGGUCCUGGCCGUGGCCGCCGUUGAGGGAACCUACUACCCGUUGGCGUAUUCCGCUCCUCUGGCCUACAGCGUUGCUCCAACCGUUGUCCAGCAAAACCACGGAUACGGAUACCCAUUGGCCUACUCCGGAUACGGAUAUGGUGGAUACGCUCCAAUCUCCUAUGCUGCCCAGGCUUCCGUCGUCCCAACUGCCUAUGCCGCCUACGCUGCCCCAGCUCCAGUGGCCGUCGUUGCCCAACGUGAAGCUCGUUAUGUGGCCGCCAACCGUGGAGCCGUCCAUGAUGCCCCCCUCCAAGGACAUGCCGUCUCCCAGCAGUCCCUGAACCUGCAGCCCGCCCCAGGAACUCUGUAAA